GUCCUCGAGUCGCUGUUUACCAUGGCGGCUAUCUGCUAAUUGAAAGGAAAAUGACGGUUUUGUAGCUGCGAGAACAGUUUUCCGAAACAAAGUGAGAAGAUAUUUCGUUCAGAAUGACCAACAGAACAUCUUAUUUUUAUGACCCAGACGUCGGCAACUUUCAUUAUGGUGCUGGCCAUCCCAUGAAGCCUCACCGUUUGUCUCUGACUCACAGUCUGGUGUUGCACUAUGGACUCUACAAGAAAAUGAUGGUGUUCAAGCCAUACAAAGCAUCUCAACACGACAUGUGUCGGUUCCACUCUGAAGAUUACAUUGACUUCCUACAGAAGGUCAGCCCCAAUAACAUGCAGGGCUUCACAAAGAGCCUCAACACUUUCAAUGUUGGAGACGACUGUCCUGUGUUUCCAGGUCUUUUUGAAUUUUGCUCAAGAUACACAGGAGCCUCUUUACAGGGAGCCACUCAGCUCAACCACAAGAUCUGUGACAUUGCCAUCAACUGGGCUGGAGGUUUGCACCAUGCCAAAAAAUUUGAGGCAUCAGGCUUUUGUUACGUCAAUGACAUCGUCAUCAGUAUACUGGAGCUGCUCAAAUACCACCCUAGGGUUCUCUACAUCGACAUAGACAUUCACCAUGGUGACGGCGUACAGGAAGCCUUUUACCUGACUGACCGCGUCAUGACUGUGUCCUUUCACAAAUACGGGAACUACUUCUUUCCAGGAACAGGUGACAUGUAUGAGGUGGGAGCAGAGAGCGGCCGGUACUACUGCCUCAAUGUUCCUCUCAGAGACGGCAUCGAUGACCAGAGCUACAGGCAGCUGUUCCAGCCGGUUAUUAAACAGGUGGUGGAUUUUUACCAGCCCACCUGCAUCGUUCUACAGUGUGGAGCAGAUUCCCUGGGCUGUGACCGACUGGGCUGCUUCAACCUCAGUAUACGAGGACAUGGCGAGUGUGUGGAGUUUGUGAAGAGUUUUAAGAUUCCUCUGUUGGUGCUGGGAGGAGGAGGAUACACAGUGAGGAACGUGGCUCGCUGCUGGACCUUUGAGACGUCUCUGUUACUGGAUGAAUCCAUCAGUGACGAGCUGCCUUACAGCGAGUAUUUUGAGUACUUUGCUCCAGACUUCACGCUGCACCCUGAUGUCAGCACCAGGAUAGAAAACCAGAACUCCAGACAGUAUCUGGAGCAGAUCCGUCAGACAGUGUUUGAGAACUUGAAGAUGUUGAACCACGCGCCCAGCGUCCAGAUCCACGACGUUCCCUCUGACAUGCUGAGCUACGAACGCAACGACGAGCCCGACCCUGACGAGAGGGGGGCCGAGGAAAACUACACCAGGCCGGAGGCAGCCAAUGAGUUCUACGACGGAGACCACGACAACGACAAAGAGAGUGACGUAGAGAUUUGACCUAUGAGAAAGAGAGGAGCGGAUCUUUCCCAUGCAGCACUCCACCACGACUUCACUGCAGAUUUAACAGAAACUCCUAAAAACUUCUGGGAGGACUGAAAAGACUGUGAAGCUCCGCUCUUUUUCUCUUUAGGUUCUGUUUUUAAAAGUCCUCAAUCAGCUGCCCUUCACACUCACAUCACAGUUAUUCCAUGACCAGAACUCAUGGGAACAGACGUGGCGUCAGCACACCUCCAGCAGAAUCCACAUGUCUGUUUGGUUAUUUCAGUCGUCACAUGUUGAUUAUUGUAACGGACGGGAGCCUAAAUUACACGUGCUUUGAUAAUGCUGACUGACACAUGCACACAGCAUAUCAGCUGGGUUUUGUCUAUUCAUGUAAAAAGAUUAGAGGAUCAGAUGAUCCUUAUCGUUCUGAAUUUACAAGCGGAGGUCAGCUAGAAUCAGGACUCAAAACAAACCGUCUUUUUUGUAUGUGCACACGAACAGUCAAAUGUCUAGAUUCUGAUUAUAGCUCUUUCUUUUGUUCUGUUUUCUUUCCACUUGUUAUCUUGUUCAUGUUAUUGUAGUAAUGAAUGAAAUGUAUUUGACUUUUGAAAGAGGAAAACAUCAUCUGCAACUAAUUUUACAGCUACAGUAUUUUAAUCAACUGAAUUGAACAUGUAAACAUCCACGUUUGGGUUUAGGAUGCAGCCUAAGCAGAGUUUCCCCACACAUAUAGAAGGUCACAGUGGACUUUGAGCAUCUCAAAGGUACAUUGUGUCAAAAUAUGACUCAUGCGUAUGUGAGAGCGCCUGCCAGGAUCCAUCAGUCACACAUCAGCCAGUUCACAUGUUUUCAACCACGCUUAAACUGUUUUAUUCUUAUUUCACAGUCACUCUAUUUUAUUUUUAUUCAUGUGCCUUACAGCUCUGAAAAGCUGAACACUGCUGUAGAGCUGGGCACCUUCACAUAACUUCCAUUUGAACUUUUAUUUGGAUUUCUACAAGUGAACAUCUGUACACGAGGCUGAUCCGAAUUAGAAUUGCUCCACCAGGCUGUUCAUUCCUUUCUCCUGUGUGUGUCCAUCAUGUAGAGGAGGACCACUGUGGUGACAAGGCUGGUGGUUGGGUAGUCAGAAGAUUUCGUACUGCAGCUGGUAGUUGACUUCCUGAUCAGGUGUCAGAGUGCCUGUCCUUCACUGUGCAACUUAAUUAAAGUGGGCUCAUUACUGACGUGCAUUAGUGGCAGUGGAACAAUGUUUGGAGCCACAGCAGAAACUCUACCAUCUGCCACCUCCAGUCCUCUUUCAGCCACAAACAGGUUUUAUGUGAUUUUUGAUAUUGUUGUUACUUUUGUUUUUAAUAAAAAAAACAACUAAAUGAAU